AUGACUGUCUUCAGAGGUUGCAUCGAUAUCCAUUCCGGCAAAGUCAAACAGAUUGUAGGCGGCAAGCUGGUGAAGGAUGACACUGAAUCUGAUGAAGUAGAAACAAAUUUUGUCAGUGAACAGCCCUCGUCCUAUUAUGCACAGUUAUAUAAGCAGAACCAGGUUCAUGGAACACAUGUCAUCAAAUUGGGCUCUUUAAAGGCUAAUGACGACGCUGCAAGAGAAGCUCUGGGUGCGUGGAGAGGGGGUUUGCAGAUUGGCGGUGGAAUAACGGAUUCCAAUGCUCAAGAAUGGAUAGAUCAAGGUGCAUCGCAUGUCAUAGUCACUUCAUGGUUAUUCCCUGAGGGUCAGUUUUCUAUAGAAAGACUUCAACACCUGUCCAGCCUUAUUGGAAAAGAGAAACUGGUAGUGGACUUGAGUUGUCGUAGACAAGAGAUAGAUGGAAGUCCCCAAUGGGUGGUUGCUAUGAACAAAUGGCAAACAUUGACCUCAUCCGUGCUAGAUAGAGAGUUUUUCCAACUGCUGUCCCAGUAUUGCGAUGAGUUCUUAGUGCAUGCUGCAGAUGUGGAGGGACUUUGUCAAGGAAUUGACCAAGAGCUGGUACGGAAAUUAAGUGAAUGGAGUGAUCUUCCAGUUACAUAUGCUGGUGGGGCUAGAAGUAUACAAGAUCUAGAAACUGUCAAACAUUUAAGCAACGGAAAGGUCGAUCUCACGUUUGGAAGUGCACUGAAUAUUUUUGGCGGAAACCUAGUAAAGUUUGAAGACUGUGUUAAGUGGAAUAAAACUCAGUAG